AUGCCAUCAGGCAACCAGGCCAACAUCUUCACGUGCACAUUCUGCUUCCACCUCUCCAACGGGCCUCCCCACGUCAUUGGCCGCUCAGCUCGUCUCGCUUGUUCCCCAUGCCACGCGGCGCUUCUCGACCUCGCCAUCUGCUGGGUGUGCGGAGAACUCAUAUUCCGAGGCGACGAGUGCGACGAGGAGACAGCAGAGGAAGGAGUCAAGGGCAGUGGAUGCGGAGGGAGGGAGGUUACAGAGGCCCCUCUAUGCGCGGCCUGUGUGGUUGAGGCUGAGGUGGAUGAUGUGAGGGAGGAGAGCGUUGUGGUGAAAAGGGGACUCAGAAGGGUUGAGAGAGUGGAUGGGGGAUUGACGAGGAGGAGAUGGGAGGCUAAAGGUGACGAGAAGAACAGUGCUCAUCAAACUCCCGCCGGGGAGGCGUCACAAAAGACUGGCAGAGAUGGAGCAGACAGCGAAGGAAACAAGGCCAACAACAUGUCAAUCAACUUGGCAGAUCCUUCAGAGUCGGUCAUUUGGGUCGACAUCUUCGAUCCUAUCAACGGUCCAUCCUUCAAGCCGAGUCCCCUGAAGCCGAUCCCAUUGUUCAUGCAGCGAGCGCCAAAUCACGCUGUCAAACUUCAAAGCCAGCAACCGUCUGCCCUCGACAUUUACCUUCAGACUCCGCCUCACCUGCGAAAGCCCGCCUCCGCGCCGAGUUCAGUUUAUCCGCCUGUAUCACCAGCGAAGAGCCCAGAGCUGGCCUCAAAAGAUGCAUCUCAGCUCGCAGCCUCACUCCCUGUGGCACCAGCUUCUCGAUCACCAACCCCAUCUCGAAAACAAGCAUUCACCUUGGUCAAAGAGGAACCCCUGAAACGGCCUUCGUCGAGACUGGCCUCGCCACGUCGUCGCUCGGACAUCAACUCGUCGGGAUACUGCACACCUCCCGAAUACCCCGAUCAGGUGAUGCGGACACCUUACCCGCUGCCUUUGUCGACUAUCCGCGCCGCCAGCCCCUUGCCUUCGCAGCUCACGUCGCACAUGCAGCGGAUAGCGCACGCAGCACCGCAAUCAUCCGAGUACCUGGAGCGUUACCAGCCAUUGACGGCGCCGGUGCGGACGACAGAGGGGAGGAGACUGAGGAGGAUCCCCGCGAGCCUGAGCGAGGAGGGGUCUGUAAGAGGGAGAUCGGAACAGAGGAGUAGUGAUGUUGGUGACUGGGGGAGAGUUGGGGCUGAGCUGAAGAGGUUCUUUACAGGCCGGUGA